GUUCGCUGCCACAUCUCGCCACGACCUUGUUCUGUACCGCAGUACGACUUUCACGAUAAACCAAAUCACCUCUACUUCAGAACGCAUAUCGAGGUCUCCCAAUGGCAACCAUCGAAGCCCAGGACCUCAGAGAAAGAAUCGGGCGCUUUCGAGUUCUGAUCAUGGGGAGAGCGAACGCAGGCAAAACGACCAUCCUCCAGAAGGUCUGCAACACCACAGAUCAACCAGAAAUUUACGAUACCCAAGGAAACAAGGUGCGGAUCGAUACUGCCAUGAUAGAAUCGUCGAUUAAGCGUGGAAAUCACAACAUCACGAACGAAAUGGUGUUCAAAAGCGAUCCCACUUUCACCAACAACACCGUGAAAUGAAGGAGAAGUCGCCAUAGUGGUGAGCAAGGAAGACAGAAACACAACGAUACAGCAUGACGCGAUGGACAACGAGUUCACUGGGGCAUGUGCAUGAAUAUUUGAACAUCAAACCGCAAUAUUCGGCAGAAUGCAAC